AUGACAACGUUUUUAACAACCACUUCAUCUAUCACAACUAAUAAUCUUACCAAUAACUUGACUAAUACUAAUACCAGCAGCUCAACUCCAAGAACAACUACAGAAACAACUUGUACUAAUAAUGUUAAAGAAAACUCAUCUAAUGAUACCUCAACCAAUUCCACUGCAGGUUAUUUAGCUAAAUAUCCUAAUUUUUCAAAAUGUGUUUCAUUUAAUAAUUUACAUCCUCAAGAAUAUGAAUCUGAUUUCCCUUAUACCACUCCAAUUUAUAAUUUAAAUAAUCAACAACAACAACAACAACAAUCACAUCAUUCAGGUUCAUUCUUUGAUAGUAAUUAUACUUUUGGUUCUUCAAAUGGUUCAAGUUCAGGUUCAGGUUUGGGCUCGACACCAAAGAUUUUUAUGCCAUUUCAAGAUUUCAAUUUUGGGAAUAAUAGCAAUAACAGUAGUAAUAAUAACACCAGUAGUGGUGUUGGUCGAAGACAUAGUAGUAGUGCAGGCACUACUGCUACUAGUUUUAUUAAAAGAAAACGUUUGAAAUUACCUCCACCUCCAGCUAAAUCAAUUCUUAAGAAUAAAGUUAGUCAACAACAAGUUGAAUAUAAUAAUAUGUUUGAAAAUAUAUCUGAAGCCACUAUUGAAUAUCAUAAACAAGAACGAGAACAACAACAACAACAAGAAGAAGAAGAAGAUAAUGAUGAUGAUAAUAGUCAAAGUGGUAGUAAUGGUGGUAGUGGUAAUAGUAGUGUUAAUAGCUCACCUUUACUUACUGCUACUAAUAUCACUACACCAAUAAGUGAUAUAAAAGAUAAUCAAGCACCACCACCUUCUUCUUCUUCUUCUUCUUCAAGAAGAAAAUCAUUAGUUGGAUUAACCGAUGAAGAAUUAAUGGCUCUUGAUCCACAAUUUCAAACUACAAAAUCGAAAAAUCAUGAUUUAAAUAAAUUUAAAUUUGAUAAUCAAAAAACAUAUUAUUUAUCUCCAAGUACAAGAAAAGGUUCCACAACAGAUAAUACUAUGGGGAAUGUUGGAGCAGGUAUUAAACGACCAGAUUAUCCUACUAGUAAUGAAAAUAAUUAUAAAAGUAUUAGUUUAACAGUAAGAUAUGGAGAAACUACUCAUAAUGAUUAUACUCGUACUUUAUUAACAAUAAUAUCUGGAAGAAGACAUACUUGGCAUUCAUUAGAUUGGUUAUUUCAUAUUAAACAAGAUUUACAAAAUCAACCAACAUUAUUAGCUGAUGGUGAUUAUUUAGUAAUAGCAGGUUUAAUCCCCAUAAAAUUUAUUAAAGACUAUAAUAAUAAUAAUAAUAACAGUACCAAUAAAAAAAGGAAAUUAGCAGUGGAAGAUUAUUUAUAUCAAAAAUGUUCUAAUUUAUUAAAUUAUUUAAUGGAAUAUAUUUCUCAAUUGAAUUUAAAAUUGAAAAUAACCGUGGAAUUUGUCAUUGAUUAUGAAAAUGAAUCAGAUGGUUCAAUAAUGAUCGAUGAUGGCAAAUUUUUGAAAGGUGAAAAAUAUAUGAUUGAUCAUUUAUUUAAACAAUAUCAACCAAAUUUAAUUAUUAUUGGUAAUAAAUCAUCAAAUUUAAAUUUCAAAUAUCCCGUGAAAAUGAAUAAAUUGAAUAAUUUAUAUUUAAUUAAAUUAUCUUCAUAUAUUGUUAAAUAUUCAACCAUCCCAGUGAUUUUAGUUGGUUUAUUAAUUGGAAUAAAUGACGAUAAUAGUAAUAGUUCAGCAUCAAAUUCUGUAUCGGGUGGUGGUGGUGGUGGUGUGAAAUUUAAUAAACCAACAAUUACAUUUUCAAUUAGUAAAACUCCAAGUUCAGAAUUAACUCCCAAACAUUCCCAAACCACAACCAACAAGAACUCAUCGUCAUCGUCGUCGUCACCUGAUUUAUCCGAUUCCAAUUCCGAUUCCGAUUCCGAUAAUUCAUCAAUUGAAUCAAUUGAAUCAUUAACACCAAAAGAAUAUACUGAUGAAAAAAAACGACAAAAAAUAUUCAAUGAAAAAUUAACCACAAUAAAUAAUCUUCCAUUUAAUUCAUCAAAUAAAUAUCAAGAUUGGUUAUCAACAAUUUCAGAUAAUUCAUUACAAGCUCUGAAAAAUUAUUUAUAUGGAAUAAAUUCAAAAGAUGAUUCCAUUAUAAUUGAUGAUAAGAUUCAUGCCAUUUAUAAAAGUCAAACUUGGAAUGUCAAUUCCGGGAGUUUAUCACAUGAUGAUAUAUUAUCAGAUAGUAAUUCCACGUCAAUGUAUAAAGUGAAAUCAUUGAUUAGUAUAGAGGAUGAUGAAGAAGUUAAACGGAAACAAGAAGAAAUAAGAUUGAAAAAAAGAAAUAAUAAAAGAAAUAGUAGUGUUAAAAGUAUUGGAAGUGGUAAUAAUGGUGGAGUUAGUGGAUUUAUUCAUAGUAUAAAAAGUAAUGAUAAUAAUAGUAUUAUAUCACUGGGCGGUGAUAAUAAGAACAAGAUGAAGAAUGUUGAUAAAUCAACGAAACGAAAAUCAUCAAUUUGGAAAAAAUUGGGAUUUCUGAAAGGAUAA